AGGUUGCUAAGUCGAUGACUGUUUUUUUUUUCUCAACACUGACAUUAGUGUACUCUGUUGGCGCACUUGAAAACUAAUACACAUUCCAAUUAAGCACCAUCACACUUCGGCAUGGUCGCAUUAUGCUGUGUAAUUGAAAAACUACCCCAGUGUCGUGGAGUAAUAUCUAUGAAGAGUGAUUAGGACCUUAUCUAUGGCGUAAGACCAUAGACGCAAGAUGUUAGGAGUUUAAGAUCAAAAAAUGUGCAUGGAGUAUGAUGAGUCAAUGACAGACAAUCCAUUUUUUCAAGAAAUUCAGAAGAACUACCAAAACCUUAUCCACGAAGCAAUUAAAGAAAAAUGGAUAUUCUGCAUACCGCGAAGAGGAACAAUUUAUGGUCACAAUUUGAAUGCGAACGACAUUUUUGAACAUGUUCUAGUGCCAUAUCCUAAAACUAAAAAUAAUUGCUACAGAACGUUAACUAAUAAAAACGUGCACAUUAAAAAUAAGUGUCUUCAUAUUAACAGAAGUCCCUUAGAAAGCAAGAACUUUAAAAUAUUAUUUGAGGAGACUUUUUAUGUAAGUAACCAAGAAAAAUAUACUGUAUGGUGCAUCAAUAAACCUUUACAUUAUUUGCACAAUGCAGAAAUCCACUUUGAUAGUAAUAAAAUUAAUACUUUACAAGAUUGCAUCAAUCUUUUAAGUAAAUAUUGUGUUGUUACUGAUAUUUUAAAGUUAAUAGAAAAGGAAUGUAACAAAAUAUUAGCAUUACAUAAACAUUUGGAAACUGAAAGUCUACAGAAUUUACGUAACAUUACCAAAGAAUUGUUUAUAAAUGUUUUAGAUAAAGUUAUGAAAUUUGUAAAUGUAAAUGAGAUGGAAACAUCAACUACUCUUGACAACUUCAAAAUAUCUGUUGAGACAUACAUACAAUUUAUUAUAUACAAAAGACACUUCCCAGCAGUUUGCAAUGCUACGGCUUAUUUGGACAGUAGUCUUAAUAAAAUUAUAAGGAACAGUUUUCAUGUAGAGUGUAAGGAUUUAAAUAUAGAUUCAUCACUACACGACUACAUAUCUUCUGCUAAAUUGCAAUUAAAUAAAAUCAACAAUUUUCAGACAAUUUUAGACAAAGUUAAUUGCUUAAAGUCUUCUUUCCAGUUUUGUAAACUCAAAAAUAUUACAAAUAACACAAAACUUCUUUCUGCUGAUGACUUUAUAAAUAUAGCUAUAUUUAUAAUUAUUAAAUCAAAUGUUUACAACUGGGUGGGAAAUGUGACAUACAUUACUCAAUUUAUUUGUAAUAAUUUCUACUCCUUUAAUGAAAACUCCUUUUUUAUUACUACUCUUGAGGCUGCAGUGCAACACAUACAGAACAGAGGAAUACUAACUUUAAAGAAUGAAAUUGUUAAAAACGACUUAAUUAAUAAUUUUAGUACUAAAUUAGAGUUGCUGUAUGAGCACAUUAAAAGUAAUAACUUUAUGAAAUUUCAAGAACUGUUUGCUACUAUUACUCAUAAACCUAUAGUUCAGUACAAUCAACAACUUUGCCAUCCUUUAUGUUCCUGUGAAUCUUGUGAGACUGUAUUAAAAGAUGAAAUUAAUAUUGAUACUGUUGACGAAAAAGGAUGUACAUUGCUUCACAUGGCUUCUUAUUAUGGAAGAUCGCAAAUAGUAGACGAACUCAUCCAUAAAGGAGCCAAUGUAAACUGUGUAGAUUUUAUGAACAAUUCUCCAUUGCAUUAUGCAAGCAGUAGAGGAAACCAAGAUAUACUUUUGCUUCUUUUACAUGCAAGGAGUGAAGUGAAUUUAAAAGAUUAUAAUGGAAAUACACCCCUUCAUCUAGCUUCUUACAAUGGUCAUGAAAAUUGUGUGAAAGCCUUACUUUAUAGUACAAUACAGAAAGAAAAAGCUGUAGAUAUAAAUUGUCAGAAUAAUUCUGGAGACACAGCUUUACAUUUGGCUAGCAAAUUGGGUUUUGUAGAGAUUGUCGGCAUUCUUCUUCAGUAUGGAAGUAAUCCAAACAUAAAAAACCAUAAAAAUAUAGACGCAGUCGAACUGGCUCACAACUAUUACGUAAAGCAAAUGAUAAUUUUAACUAAACUACACGGAGUAGAAAAUACAGAUAAACACACAAGCAAUAAUAACGUUACUAAACCUAAUAACAACGAUCAAACUGAUAAAAAUAUGGAAAAUCCUGUAUUAAAUGAUAUUCAUACAAAAGGUUACAAGCAAAUGAAAAAGGUUGAGUUAGUGUUGAAGGCUAUAGAAAACAACGAUACUCCAUUGAUGUGUUACCACCUGGGAAUACCAUCGUCCCACACUAGCGCCUUACAACAAACAAUUGCAGGAGAAUGUCAUCCCUUAUGCCUAUGCGAAAAAUGUCAAACAAAUGGCGAGAUAGAACACGUAAAAUCUUUCCCGCCUGUUUCUAACGCUAUCCACGUAAACAUUUGCAACACUGGUGGAUACACCCCUCUUCAUAUAGCAACAAAAUAUGGUAGAAGCGAAAUGGUACGUCUACUGCUUGACAGUGGGUCGUCAGUUAAUGCUAAAACAUUCAAACAUCAGUUUACUCCUUUGCACAUUGCUUGCCUAUAUCAAAGAGUGAAUUGCAUUCGAGAAUUAUUGAAAUCAGGAGUCUGCGAUGUAGAUACACAAGAUGCUAAAGGUAACACGCCCCUUCAUUAUGCAGUUUCCGUAAAUAAUGCAAGAAUUGUAGAAAUUUUGCUAGGGGCUGGGGCAAAUGUUACAUUAAAAAACAUAUAUGAUAAGACAUCUCAUCAAGAAGCCAAUGAAAGAAUGCUACUUAAUAUUUCGAAAUUAUUUAAAAAAAGAUAUGAAAAAUUGGUCGACGAUUGUGAAUUACCGUUAGAAAUUUAAUUUUUUUAUGCUUAAUGCUGUAAUAAAAUUGCCACCGCUUUUUUAAAUAAUCAACACAAAAAAUAUAUACAGUCAAAAAAGCUCUUGUCGUGGGAAUCAUGCUAUUUGUCAACGUUUUAAUUCGUUGCAGUCAAUCAUACCCCCUACAUAAAGUGCAUAGAAUAAAUAGGAGACGUAUACAAAUUCAGCAUAAGCAGAGGGGUUAGAAUUAUAAUUAUCAGCUAUUCUAAAAGGUUUUGAUUUUUUGUGACUUUGACAAUUUAAAGUGACAACUUUGACAAUAUGAAUAAUGAAAAGCAACUUUUUGGUUUUUGCAUUCCCAAACAAAAAACAAUUAAAUUAUUUCGAGAUAGAAACACCAACCAAUAUCCAAGCAUAUUUUUUGUAAUAACACAAAACUUUUGCAGUUCUGGUGUUUUUUAAUUUGAUGUAUCGAUAUUAAUAAUAGGUGCUGUAAUAAUAUAAAAAAAAUACCUUUUCAGUUACAAACCUAAACAGUAGGGAAAUUUAAAAAGGCAUUUCCGUUUAUUCAUUAAGUAAUUUGUUUUCUGCAGUUGCUUCUUAAGGAAUUUAGAGAGUUAUAAUAACUGUGUGAGAAAAAUUAGUUUUUGUGUGCAAUCUUACUUUAACUAGCUGCCCAAGAUAAAAUAAUUUGAUAUGGUGAAGCUGUACUGGAUGAGGAAAGAAAUAAAAUCCAAUAAAAAACGACAAAGUUUAACCAUUUUUAAAACCGUCAAAAAUCAUACACUGCUAAAGGUGCAAAAAAACUAUCUGUUUUUUAAUAUUUACCGUCUAUUUUGUUUCACUGUUAAUUUUUACCAGCUUCAUUAAAUCAACUGUUGUUACCUCGUACAAUUAGUUAUUUACUAUUUUUUGUACAAAACUGAUUUUUUUCGCACUAUAACUCUCGAUCGUUCGUUUAAAUAAUUAACUGUACCUACUUGACGCUUUUGUAAAAUGUGAUUAGUUAAAAAUAGCAAUGAUAUCAAAUAGGCACUAUAAUUUAUCAUCAGGUGAGAAGUAAAAAAAAUGAUAUACUUUAAAGCUAUUUUAUUUCAAUCUGUAUGCGACUCCCUUAAGGUUGAUUUUUAGUUAUUAUAGUACACAACACUAAUGAUAAGUAAUAUGUGACUAUGUAAUUCUGUGAUAGUAUUUGUAAUAUACUUAAAAAAAUAA